AUAAGCGAAACGUGUAAGAAAGAAAAAAUGUACUACAACGCAUGAUGAGGCUAAAACAAGCUUGGGAAGCCGAUUUGUAAAUUCUACCUGUUUGCAGUUGAGUUUAGACGGAUGUGGCUUUUACGUCAGUGGAAAUUCCCACACGAUGUGACUGCAUCUGACUAAAGCCAUAAUAAAGACUGCGUUCGUGUGUUUUUCACGCAUUUUCAUCUAUUAUGUCAUGUUACGUGUUUCAAACUCGUUUCUGAUCAAAGCUCGGCUGUGUUUCUGCGUUUCAUGUCAGUAGAUGUAUGCGAGCAAACGUUAAAGCGCUCCGGGAGAUUGUCGGUGCGCGUCCUUUACGCGCGUUACGGUAAAAGAUGAACGCGAAGUUUCCCUUUGGUUUCAUUUUAUCAACAAUCACCAUGACCAGUCCAAAAUGUGGACAAACGAGUCUCGCGAAACCCUGGGUGAUUUCUAAACCAAAAUAGGCAGUUUAUAACGCAGCAGGACGAAAUAUAGACUGAAUCUGGAGUGGCGCAGAGAGCGUUCCGAUUAGCGCUCCGGAUUGUUGAUCGCGAACGCUUCCUAAACAGACGCAAGAGCGCAGUUUAAAGUUCACGCGAUUAUGUGAGUUGCAUCAUGGCUCUCUCAGGUCUCACACUGGAUGACUUUCGAUCCCAGCAGGAGGUUGAGGAUGAGUUCACCUGUGCAGGUGUGUUGAGGGGGGCAUUGGUGGCGCUGCAGCCCAACGUCGAGCGACUCUUUGGGGUGAAGUUGAGUAUCGGGGGAGAGGACGCCCUGUCUGCGCAGAGCGGACAGAUCUGGCUGCAGCUGCGGGGGGCUGGAAGAGAAGUGCAGGCAGCAAAGCUUUUUGUGAAAGGUGUCGUCAAUCAGGAAGCUCAGCAAGAAAUCCAGUUUCCUGAAGCUCUUCAAUGUGUCUUCUGUGGCGCUAAAGGGCUGUUCAUGGACUGCCUGGUUAAAAACACCUCUGCUAAUGUAGUGCUGGGAUCUCAAGGCCUCGUCCUCAUAACCGGGCUGGCAGAACCUGUGGUGAAAGCCUAUUCCUUAAUUUCAGACCUGGUGGAGAAGUACAAGAGCAGCCAGGGACGGCGCACCGAGGCUGGAUUAGAAUCCUUGGAUUCGCGUCGGGCCUUCAAAACCAUCGUCGAGAGUCUGGAGGAUCGUCACACCCUAGACCUGUUGGUGUUACCUGUGAUUGUGAAAGAGGUUCUGCUGGAUUUAGUGAAGCAGUCUGGACUGGACUCGCAUGCAAAGCGGGACCAGGAAGGUCUGAUCCCGGUCGAAGCCAAUGGAUCACGGGUGAUGCAGAGAACUGUCGGUGAUGUUUUUGAAAGCUCUGAAGGACAUCUGAGAUCAAAUCAUAAUGCGGAGAACUCUCAUUCCCAGCAGCCCGUUUUUUUCCCACAAUCUGGCCAUCACAGAAUUAACGGCACGGAUGAUUUCAGCAACCAAUCCUACAAUCCGUUUUCUCGAGGUUUCACCCUUGACCCAACACACUUUGAGAUCCCAGAGUCUCCAGAACAAGCUUCGCCACAAGAAACUGAAUCAGAGACGCGGCCACAGGACGCCGUUCUGUUGUCCACGGGGACCAGAGAGGAUUUUGACCACUUUCUCAAGUUCUUCACCGCAAUGGGAUUUGCAGAGGAUGUGGUGCAAGCUGUUCUAACCCGAAAUGGUCCCAAAGAAGCCUCGCAGCUUCUGGAUUUGAUCCAGCAGGAGCAGGACAAAACAGGCCAGCGUAAACGCCACAGCGAGUCCCAGAACGUGGCGGGAAUUGGUGGAGAAAUGCAUGAGGCUCUUCAGAUACUAGAGGCCAGUAAAGGAGAACCCAACGCUAAAGAGGAAGACUUUGUCUUGGAUGUGUUAAAGAAGGCCGCGGCAACUUGCGGCUACACCGAGGAGAGCGUAAUGGAAGUGUACAGCAAUCUACCCGGGCUCACGCCUCACGAGCUGCUCAUGGAGCUACAGAAACAACGAGAGCCGAACAGGACGAAAGGUGGCAGUAAAAAAGCUGAUUUGAAGAUGGGCACAAAUACAUUGGCAGAUCUUGACACUGGGAGUGGAAAGACUGGUGCAGAGAUGAGGACCCCAAAACUAGAUGCAUCCAAACCGGUGAACAUUAAUGGCAGGCCUUUAUCGGUGAGAGGCCCACCGCAGAUGACAUACUCCUUUGAAACCUUGGACUCUGACAUACAACCAAUGAAUUCACCAGUCCGAUCUCCUCCACAGACUGUCGGACAGAACCUGAACUUCGGUUCCCCAAAUGUCUCCAACCAAAUUACUGUGCACAAACCUAACCAUGGCAGACCUGGUGCGGCAUCUGUGGUCACAGGACCUCAGCGGUUCCUCGAGAGCCUCAAGACGCCCUUCCAACUGCAGCUGUCGGAUGAGCCUGGUGACCCCAUGCUGCGUUCGAUCAUCAUCGAUGGGAGCAAUGUUGCAAUGACUCACGGCUUGGGUUUUUUUUACUCCUGUCGAGGCAUCGCUCUGGCCGUACAACACUUCUGGGCGAGAGGCCAUCGUGAAAUCACAGUGUUCGUCCCUCAGUGGAGACAGAAGAACAACUCAAAGGUUCAAGAACGGCAGUUCAUGAAUGAACUCUUCGAUCUGGGUUUCCUCAAAUACACUCCAUCCAGAGAGGUCGAGGGCAAGAGAAUCAACUCGUACGAUGACCGAUUCAUGCUGGAUCUGGCGCAGAAGACGAAUGGAGUGAUUGUGACUAAUGACAAUCUGAGAGAUCUGGUGGACGAGUCGCCCGUGUGGAGAGACAUCAUAAAGAAAAGUUUGCUUCAGUAUGUGUUUGCCGGCGAUCUUUUCAUGUUACCUGACGAUCCUUUGGGUCGCGGUGGACCUCAUCUGAAAGACUUCCUACAUAAACACAACAGCAGUAGUUUACCUGUUCCCGGCAGUCACUCGUACGCAGGUGCGUCUGCGUCCUUCCCUCCUCCGUCUGCGGCGCCGCGCGCUCACACCGAAGGGCUGCAGUACCGAGACAGGACACCGGGGGGGUCCGGCAGAGGUCAAGGGUCAGUCAGGGGUCAACGGGAUGAGGGCGAGGGGCGUCAGGACGUCAGGGAGAGGACGGCGGAGGAGACGCUGAAGCUGCGGCAGAGUUUAGUGCAGAUCUUUCCAGACCAGGAAAGCGUCAUUAUCAUGAUCCUGCAGUGUCAUCCGGCAGUCACAGACGUCAACCGACUCACAAACCUCAUCCUGGAACAACAGGAAUAAAUACAGACGAGCAGAAGAUGAAAACGACAGGCAGCGUCUGCAAAAAACACAGCUGGUUUUGAAUUGUGAUCAAAACAAAACUAAAGAAAGUUCCUGAAAAAAAAAAUGUGAUUAUGAUUCUAAAACUAUCUGACAUCCAUCGGUCUUCUGAUGUGUUUCCAAUUUGAAACAUAAUUUAUACAUUCAACCACUUUUAACAUUUUUAAACUACAGUUGUGCUUUUAGAAGUUUUUAAUCUGAAAUGUUAACACUCAGUGUUUUGUUGAUAUUAUUUAUUUUCACAUGCUCCUUUCUUAAUGUAAGCAUAAUGAAAAGAUGACGAGUAUUAGACCAAAUCAAGCAAAGAAUAUGUCUUUAUGAGUUUAAUUUCACAUUGUCUUUGUUUUCAUGUUGAGCAGCGUUGCUAUAAUCUGGCGUGUUUACAAUUUGUAUUUUUAUACAGAUGUUCAUUAAUGUGCACUGUCCCUAUUACACAACGACAUAAAUAAGGUUGUCAGUUGAUUAACCUGUGGAGUCAUUUUCAUCGAUUUAUUUUAAUAUUACAUUUAAACUGCACAAAUAGUGUAAUAUUUUUAGAAUAAUUAUUAAAAAAAUGAUCUGAACCUACUGUUUACUUGAUUUUUAUUUUUUUUUAAUGAUGAUUGUGAACAUUUAAUCACUUUUUAAAACUUGUGAAUAUCCACAGUCGUGCUGUGCCCCAGCAGAGGGUGCUGUACCUGCUGUACCACUGGUGCUGCAUAUGCAAUCGGACAUUUAAAGGGGUCAUCGGAUGCCCAUUUUCCACAAGUUAAUAUGAUUCUUUAGGGUCUUAAUAAAAAAUCUCUAAUAUACUUUGGUUAAAAAUUCUCAAUGGUUGUGUAAAGCAACACCCUUUUUACCUUGCCAAAAUCAGCUCUGCAAAUAUUAUCUCAUUCUGGACAAGGCUGCUUUAAAUGCAAAUGCACAUUAUUAGGCAAGAUUCAUAAAAAAAACCCCUUAUACUCACUUCUGCUGUAAGUGAAGCUGGAUCAUGAAUGAUGAUGAUAAAAAA